AGUUCGACCUCGACCUGUCCGCAGAGUUCGACCUCCACCUGUCCGCAGAGUUCGACCUCGACCUGUCCGCAGAGUUCGACCUCGACCUGUCCGCAGAGUUCGACCUCGACCUGUCCGCAGAGUUCGACCUCGACCUGUCCGCAGAGUUCGACCUCGACCUGUCCGCAGAGUUCGACCUCGACCUGUCCGCAGAGUUCGACCUCGACCUGUCCGCAGAUUUUCGACCUCGACCUGUCCGCAGAGUUCGACCUCGACCUGUCCGCAGAGUUCGACCUCGACCUGUCCGCAGAUUUCGACCUCGACCAGUCCGCAGAGUUCGACGUCGACCUGUCCGCAGAAGUCGACGUCGACCAGUCCGCAGAAGUCGACGACGACCUGUCCGCAGAAGUCGUCGGUAG